CACGGGGUGACCUGACAGGCGACUGAAAGAAGCAUUUGAGCAGGGAAAUAAACAUCGAGGAUCUAAACAGGAAGAGAACGCAGCCGCCAACAAUAGAGAAGUGCAAUUCUGACAGGUUGAAUAGGACCUAGAUCGAUUAGGCACAAGGGGUUAAUUUAUUCCAAGGGGGCCCAGAGGGCAGGUCUUCCAGAUGACUGGCCGUAAGGCUGCUGAUGCCGGGCGUUCAGCUCGGUGCCGCAAGCGACAUGCAGAGGACGACCUUGACGCACAGGGAGAGAAGCGGGGCCCAUGGAUGCCGGACGAGGACAAGCUCCUUACAGAACUCGUCGCAGCUUGCGGAGCUCAGCGCUGGAGUACUAUAGCCGAAUCUAUACAGGGGCGCUCAGGAAAAUCCUGUAGACUCAGAUGGUGGAACCACCUGAGUCCUCAGGUCAAAAAGGGACCGUUCAGCGAUUUCGAGGACGCAGUAAUUGUGCGGUCUCAUGAAAAGUAUGGCAACAAGUGGUCAGUCAUGGCCAAGCUGCUCCCGGGAAGAACAGAUAAUGCGGUCAAGAACAGGUGGAACUCCACGCUCAAACGGAAACACACGGGCGGAACACUCAACAACAAGUUCGUGGACAAGUAUCCGGAGCUGGACGCCCUGAUGGAGGACCCCGAGGGCGCCAGGGAGAAUGCCGAGUACCACAGCAGUCUGGAGGCCGCGGGAUUCCACGUCACCUCCACCCACAUGUGCUCCAUGGGGUCGGAGGACGAAGACAUGGACGAGGAUGAAGACCACGUGGGUAGCGAUGAUGCGGAGGAGCCGCCGCCGCAUCACCACCACCAGCAUGCACCGGUACGGCACCGGCAACCGCCGCGGCGGCAGCCCUCGCAACGUCAGGCGGCGGCGCUGCAGCAGCAGCGGCUGGCGGCGGCGGUUGCGGCGGCGACUGCGGCGGCCGAGGCGGCCGCCGCAGCGGGGAACGGUGGUGCUGCUCAGCAGCCGCAGUCGCGAGCAAGGCAAGCCGCAGCCAUCAAGGAGGAAAAGGAGGAGGAGGACGAGGACGAGGAGUUGCCGGCAGCUAAGGCUGACGGGACGGCGACACCGACGGCAACCGAGACACCCCGUCGCAGGCCGCCGCAGACACCGCAGUCCCUGUCACCGGCAAGCUCGCCCGACAUUGUGCGGCAUCCUCCGUCGCCUGCCGCUGUCGCAUGCGGCUUGGGCCGCGAUGAGGGAGGAGACCAGGCAAACGUCCCUGACCAAGCGCGUCUGCUGCCUCCGCCAACAAUGGACGAGGUGUCACCGUUUUCCAGCCGCUCCACGCCGGCUGUCACGUCAGUACCCGCCCCGCAUUCGUCGUUGCAGCCCAACCACCCCAUGCAACCGCAGGAUAACCACCACCUCUCUAAACGGCUUCGUAGCACUGCCAGCGAGCCUCAUGAGGGCUCCGGAACCACCACCGCGCAGGAGCACUCGCCAUCAAGCUCUCUGCCCGACCACCAGUCAAGCUUGCCAGCCGCCCCUGCUGCUGCUCCUGCUCCUGCUGCUGCUGGUGGUGGUGCAACGGCGGCAACCCGGACAAGCACGACCAUGUUCGGUACUGCCACGGGCGCUGACGCUUCGGAUGCCGACCAGACCGCCGCUUCAAGCCGUAACGCCAGCAAUUCUGGGCUGGAUACCUGCACCGGAAUGGAUACCACCACCAACAACAACAACCUCAACAACGUUACCUGUUCCGGUCAAAUGGCCCACGUUCACGGUCCUGGCAGCGGCAGCAGCAGCAGCAGCAACAGCAGCGGUGUCGCCGGUGACUGCGGUAUGCGCCUUGACGGCAUGAUGGCUGCCCAACCCCAAGCAUCCGUUUUUCGCUUGGCGCAGGAAAACUGCGGUGGUGGCGUGCUUUCGGCGUCUGGCGCCGCUGCUACUGCUGCUGAAGGUACAGCCACAGGUACAGCUGCCGCGACUGCUGUUCCGGCCGCUGCGCCCACACCGCCUCCAGCACUUAUGGAGGAACCGCAAGAUGACCUGGAGUGGCAGAGCAUUAUCGACUGCUUGGAAACAGACAUGCCGGGGUGUCCCACGGGCGGGGCUUUAUUUGGAAGUGCGGACUGGACUUGUCUACCCGUUGCACAGCCACAGCAGAUGCACCAACAGCAACAACUCGCCCAGCAACAGCUGCUGCAACAACAGCAGCAGCAGCCGAUGAUGCAGUCGCAGCAGCUGCAGCAGCAGCAGCAGCCGUCACCCCAGGUGGCGCAACAACAGCAACAGCAACAUGCCAAGCAGCAGCAAGAGCAGCAGCAGCAACAACAGGCGCUUGGCAUCCCUUUCCCGCCCAGCAUGGUGGCUCCAAACGGCAUCAUGUGCAACAACAGCGGCGGCGGCGGUCCCCUCAGCAGCAUGGGGUGCAUGCCGGCAUGGGGCUGCAUGGCUGCCCCGCCGUUGUCCUGCUCGGCGCCAGUCCAGGCAUUCCAAGCCAUGGGCAUGCCGCCCAUGUCCAUGACGCCCUUGGGCAUGGGAAUGGCGAUGCAAUCGACACUAAUGGGGCCCACGCUGUUGUUUCCACCCGAGGCUCCCAUGGGUCUUCACCCCGGCAAAUGGUUGGCGGCACCGGCGCUACCCACGCCGCCGCAGCCGUCGCAGCCGCUCUCCGCAGCAUCCGCCCCGCAGCGGGUGCAGCGCGGCUUCUCAACUUCCUCCGCCACCCCCGCCACCCCCACGGCCACCAACCCGGCUGCCAUGACGCCGGCGGCUGCCCCCAUGCUACCAUUCCAGGGGCAGCCGCAGCCACCCAUGGGCCGAACCGCGGGCGAGUACCCCUGGGCAAUGCAGGACAUGGAGCUUUCCUUCGCAGCAAUGUCCAGUGGCAACGAGUCCUGUGCUGCUGCUGCUCCUCGCCCCUGCAGCGGCCCUCAACCGCAGCUGCAGCUGCUGCCGCAGCAGCUGCUGCCCCAGCAGCCGGCUCCGUACAUGAUCCAAUCUUGCUGCUUCCCGCCGUCCUUCCCUUACGACAUGAGCCGCUUCGCUUUCGGGAACGGCGUGAUGAGCGAUCAGAUGGCCUUCCUGGUGUAGUACAGGACGGAUGCCAUGAGGAUGAGAGCUGGCAUGACGCAAUUGGGAGGGUGGAAUGCUUGCCGUCUGCACGAGUGACACCGCGUCUGGUCACCGAUUGCAUAUGAGCGAUUGCAUGGCUGGCCAUGCUUCUGCUGUGUGACGUUCGUACGUGCUUGUGUACCGUAAGCGCUUCUUAACCUAUCUAUUCUGGCAUUGGUGCAUGAGAAGCUUCUUUAAUGCUGCAUGCUCUAUGCGAUGCAUGUAAAGUUGGAGAGGAAGAAGAUAUGCUGCUGCAACACUGUAUUCGCGCAGGCUUUUGUACCGCACGCGGUUUUAUGUUGUUGGAAGAGGCAGUUGUGAGGGCACACAUGUGUUGUACGACAUGCAUGGAUAGUACGGCAGUCCAUGCGUUGUACGACACAGCCUUUGCAUGCCGCAACCAACGGCCACGUGCAUUAUUAUUCAAUUCAAGGAGAGAGAGUUAUUCGUUGGCCGCCUGUAUACCAUUUUUGCUGGCCAGAACUGCUGCAUGUGAUGAGUUGAAAAGGCAGGAGGGGGUGUUACAAUUGGUUUACCACCCUUGUUAGCUUGUUAAGAGAAGACGCCCUAUUUAGGUGACCAUGUGCAGGUUCACAAUCUGCUUAUCUACCUAUAAAGAGCCGUUGAGGAAGAGGAGUCGUUGGAGACCGUUUGGGGUAGUGCGACCUGAUGGCCCUUGGUUGCCGUGCACGUUGCACCGCGACGUGUGUGUGUUUAAGUGUGAGAAGACAAAUGUGAUUCCGGUCCAUUACCCUCCGUUAGGCGCCUUACCUGUCGCGCCUACGGUGCCGUACAGCGACGGGCCUUUUGACGUGAUUUGCCGUACCUCUUGUUUGUUGGCCUGGGUUUGCGCGGCCGGCUUUGCAGUCCGAGGCUAUUGGGGACGCGGGCGCCUGCCAAGCCUGUAUUGACCCGGAAAGUAUGCUGAUGACCCUCCGUAUGCUGGUUGUGCUUUGCCUUGAGUGGAGUCGGUUUUUCCGCUGUUGACGGCUUCUGAACUGCUGCUGCGGGCGGCCGGAGGCAUUGCUUCGGCUGCGGCCUAGAGCUUGAAUGGUAUUGUCAGUUGUUGACUCUCUGUGGGCUCGAGGGCCUGUGUUGCGCCUAAGUACCGCUGCUGCAGUGCUUGCUGCGGGGGUAAUGUAAGAAAGGCAGUUGCUUGGUCGAUCGGUUCGUUGGUCUUGGCCGGUUUUAAUAAGGAGUACGGAAUAGCAUUAGCGGAGGAGUGGAGAUGGGCGUGUGGCUUUGAGGGAGUGGAGAGGUAAACCCAAAGAGCAAUCAGUGAGGAGAGUGUAUCAGGGUUAGAUAUCCUUGGCUGAAUUCUAUGACGUUCGUAUUGCCCUUAACGACAGUAACUGCCGUCCUAGGCUAACACGCCAGACCAGUCCUGUUGGAGUGUGGGGCUUUCCCACGGCGCUUUGGGGUUGCUUGAGAUGCGUACGUGUUUUCGCAGUAACGCGGUCCUGUUUUGAAGUAACAGGUAUGAUGGAUGAUGCGUGCUAGGUGUGCUGCUGCCUGUUUCUGUGCGUUUGCGGUGUUGCGGUGGUGGCGACGAUAACGACUAUGAUAAAUGGUGAUGGCUACUCAAAGCACUUAUAUUCGUGAGGGACUUGUUUUGCCGUACGCUGCUGAGCAUCGUACGUAAGCUGAAUAUCUUGCUUUUCCUUGUAGCGAGUGGUGAUGAUAUAAUGGAGUUGAUAUUAUCGUAACAUGCCAGGAUAAAGUCGAGCAUACGAGGGGCUUGUUCAUAUGCUGCAGGAGCGAUGGUGUUUUGAGCUGAGCAGUAAGAGAGAGGAGGGGCGAGGAGCAACAACAACAACGUUUUCAGUGUUUCCCUUUCUUUACUCCGUACUUUUGGUCCCCUAUCUCUCACAUGUAUGAUUACUGUGUGGUUUUAAGUAUUAUUAACAAUUAUCAAUGUACCACAGAGCAUUGCGGCGUGAAGUUGAGCCUUGGAGUGCGCGUAUGUUGUACCGGAUGUGUGUGGCUGUGGCGCGUACGCGCUGCACGGCGUGCGGGUAUAUUGAUGUUGCCGACAAGAUAGUUAUGGUUAGGUGAAGACAUUUGGGUAAGAAGAUGUGUGCUAUGGUGCAUGAGUGGUCGCAGGGCGACACAUCCCCACCAUUGCACUGCCUGGCAUUACGCAAGGAAAGGUCACCACUUGUAGCCUUGACAUGUAACACCCCGUCCCGAAGGACGAUUACGGUGCCCAGCGAUAAAUUAGCCGGUGCGCAUGGAAUCAAGACUUGGUCCAGAGGUGUGCAUGGCUUGUAGCUAGGUCAGGUCGGUCCAUGGGUCACGUAUGGCUCGUUAGC